AAUAUAAGUUGAUAUAAGCCCCAUUGCAUCUUAACCAGCCUCUACUCUCUCCCUCUACUUCUCUAUUCUUUUAGGGUUUUUUGAUUUCUGCUCAAGAGUUUUCAACAAUGUCCGCCGGAGAGAUCGCCUGCACUUGCGCUACUUUGAUCCUCCACGAUGAUGGAAUCGCCGUCACUGCUGAGAAGAUAGCUACAUUGGUGAAGACGGCCAACGUAGCGGUGGAAGCGUACUGGCCUAGUCUAUUUGCCAAGUUGGCGGAGAAGAGGAACCUUGACGAUCUUAUGAUGAACAUUGGUUCUAGUGGCGCUGCUGCUCCUUCUACCAUUGCUGCUCCUGCUGCCGGUGCUGGUGGUGCCACUGCCACUGCUCCUGCUGUUGAGGAGAAGAAGGAGGAGCCGAAAGAAGAGAGUGAUGAGGACAUGGGAUUCAGCUUGUUCGAUUAGGUGCUUUCACUUAUCAUAAUUAUUCAAUUUUGCCUUGCAAUUUGAGAACUAAUCCAAGUGGGUUGUAUUUGGGAAAUUAUUUUUUUAGAACUAAUUCAAGUAGUUAAAUUUUCGAUUCUGUUUUGAA